AUGAAUUUCACCUGCUCAGACUGGAGAGGAAAAACAGCAGUUUAACAGAAGCUGAGAGCAAAAACCAGACUUCAUUUCUUCACACGUUUAAGUUGUUGAACUGAGAAAGAUUUAGUGGUAAAAUGCUGCGUAAGAAGAGCUUUAACUUCAGAAGUGUACAGCUCAUAUUUCUGCUGAUAUCUUGGAAACACGUCGCUGCACAGGUGAACACAAAGGAAACAAACAAACCUCCAGAUGGACACGGAGGUGAGGACAGCGCCUUCUUCGCCCUGCGGAGCUGCCACCAGCUGCUGCACGCCGACCACGCCGACUUCUUCUCCCCGGACUACCUGUGCUCCAACCCAUCUCUGUGGUGCAACUGGACCAUCCAGGUGGACCCGGGGAAGAGGAUUCACCUCCAACUGGAGGACCUGACCCCUGAUGACGCCUGCCAUCUCAAGCAGGAUCAGCUCCACGUGGACGACCCCGCCGGGGGUCACAAGGUCCUGCUGAAGUGCUGGAGGGAAGCCAAGUACACGUCUGCCUCCAACACUCUGUCUGUGGUGCUGCUGAUUGCUGGCUGGCCCGAGCCGCCAUACAGGGGCUUCCACGGCCGCUACCAGACAUUUGGACCGCCGGUGGUUUACAACCCACAGGAGCUGGGACCAGUGAUGGAUGGAGAACAGGAGCAUCUGUCAGCUGAUGUGAUGUAUGAUUAUUAUGAUCAACAGUCGGCCAUGAUGGAGGAGCCUGACGAGGCUGCAGACACUGACACUGAGGUGGGUGAAAACCUCCACUCAGCUCAGGAGAACUUCAGUCAUGUCUACCCAUUCACAGCUGUGCCCACAGUGCCAGUGUCCACCCAGGGGACGUCCAGAUCAGGAAGAGGUGUUGCUCCCACCCUGUCAGUCCUCUCAGACUCAACCGUCCACCCCGAGUCUCCACAGCAGCAACAAGACGGUCAAAACCAAGAGACCACAUCCACCAAUCACAGCCCGACAGCAGCAGCACGAAGGGACGUGGAGGAAACUUCAACCCAUCCAGAAGGAGGACGAGGCUGCCGCUGGAGAGAACAGACCGAGGUGGAGUAUCCCUCCACCUCUGAGAGACCAGAACCAGAAGAGACUCAUCCCCAGCCCAACAUGGUGGAGCCGCUGUCGGACCUCAGAGGGAACAUUGAUGUUAGAAAUCACUCUGAAGUCCCACAUCUUCCCGGUGAUCAUCUGUUUGAAGUGGCCGUGGAGGUGAACCUGAGCCAGGACCUGGACGAGUCCUGGGACGGUCUGGCCAGAUCCCUGCUGCUGUCGGUGAAGACUCUGAUCAGUGAGCAGCUGGAGGCUCUGCACUCACCUCCAUCCAUAUCCACCAAGAGAAUCAAAAGGUUGAGUGCAGGAGUGUUGUACAUCCUCUGGCUGCAGAUGGGACAGGGGUCUGGGAGUCAGCAGGUGCACAGGGCCGUCCACUCCGCCAUGCAGGGGCUCGUCGCCACCAGUGUCGGCCUCAGAGGGCUCCACAGGAAGGCCGUCAUCCUCUCUGUGUCGACUGCAGAUGUGAACGAGUGUGGGACCCAGAUGGUUCUCUGUGACGUUAACGCUGACUGUGUGAACCAGUUCGGCUCGUACUCGUGCCACUGCAGGUCCGGUUUCCUGGACCAGUCCCGUCUGGGAUCAGGAGGAACCGUCUGCGUGGACAUGGAGGCUGCAGGUUGCAGCUCAGGCCUCUCUCCUGAGACCAAAGGCGUCUACGUGCUCUUCUUCCUGCUCAGCUCCCUCGUCCUGAUGCUGCUGGUGGCGGCUGGUAUGCUGUACCACCGCCACCACCACAAGACCUUCCUGGUUCGUUGCCACAGCAACAGCAGCAUCUCUCAUCCUGAUGCCAACGACAACAACAACAGCCAUCAACACCAUGACAGCUACUCGAACCCCGCCGACUCCGACCUGCCCCCACCGCCCCCACCCGCCCGGGGCCCCAGGGGAAGAGGAGAGGGCUGGCCCCAGGUGAAGGAGCGAUGUCCGGCUGUGGACCUGCCGCUGCUUCGCUUCAGCCCUCUGCUGCCACCGAACAGCUACAUGGAGCCACGGGAGGGUGGGAAGAUAUGAACAGGACAGUGGACCGAGAGCUGAGACGCUCCAAAGUAUCUUAACUUUAUUCAUUUAAAUCUUUUUAUUUAGUUUUCUCUCACUUUAUGUCUGAGUGUGUAAUACUCCUGUCCACUGUUAUCUGAUGAAUUAAAGUCACGACAAAA